AAAUAAGAAAAUAAAACUGUUUCUCUGAGGAACAAAAGAAUCAACAAAAUUAAGCCCCGCCCCUUAGUUACUGUUGCUAUGCCUGUCAAUCAUUCUCACACAGCACAAAUAGCUUCAUUGUAAUUUAUGAAACAAUCAGCGUUCACAUGCAGCACGUCUGUUUAAAGGCUUUAAACAACAACGUCACUUCAUCUACACAAAGAAAUGAAAGAUUUAUUUGAUUUGUUUGUUGGGUGAAACAACAAAACAACAACAAAACAACAACAGAAACAUUUUCUCAAUAAAAGAAAACUGCAUUUGGCAGAAAGAGGAAACGUGUUAAACAUACAAACAGGUUUCACAGAAUUCUGAUAAAAGAUCAAUUCUAGACGUUGUGGUUUCUCUCCCUGCCUGGUCUGAUAACUGUCUUCAUAUAUUUAUAUAAUUACAUAUGUUUGUCUGAGCUCAAUGUUGAUGUCUGGAACAUCAUUAAAUAAUAUUGAUUAUAGAAAUAUUGAUCUUACCUUAUUGUCUACCAUCAUUGUCUAACUUCUUCAAAUUUAAUUCUCAUAUUGAUUCAUUUAAAAGUCGACGGGUUGAUCGUCUUCGCCUUCCAAACAUGGCGGCAGAUAUAACGCUGUGGAACGCCAGAGCGCACGUCAUCGACAGCUCGUUUUCUUUACACAACUUUAAAAGGAAAUUGUCACGUUUAAGGUUUAAACUUAUCAUCAUGAUGUAAAUGUUGAUUGCACAGUGUGAUGGCUGUAGAGUAAUGACAUCAUCAGCGUUUAGAGCCUCGCUGUCACUACGACGUUCAGUCUGCCGGGAAAAUAAAGGCGUGAUUUACGACACAAAGGAAGCGCGUCAACCAAGAGAGGAAGAGGAUGGCGCAUUUCUCCCCCGUUGCUAUCGUGAAACAAACGUCUGGAGACGAGUCGCCGGUCUGCAGACGUCCUGCUGAGUGUUUUCUCUCCUGCAGCAGAUGAAGGUCACGGUCGAGCUGAGAAAGGUCACAUCAUCAUCAUCAUCGUCACCUUCAGCAUCACGGAGGCCAGCUGCUGUCUGUUCGGAUUCUCAGCUGCUCGACAAAACGCGGACUCUCUGCUGGACUGUCUCUAUGUGACUGAAGACACUGAGCAGCAAACUGAUCAGACUGUCCGGCGCUGGAGAUGAAGCUGAAUGUGUUGUUGUGGUUCGUGGCUCUGCUCGCUGUCUUCCUCCCUCGCUCUGCUGACAGUCGGCCCGCCGGCGCCCCCACCAGCCUCCUCCUCCUCCUCCCCCGACGAGGUGGAUCCUCCUCCUCCUCUGCUGCUGCUGCUGCUCCUGAGCUCCUCUCCUCCUCUUCAUGCUCCAUCUCCUCCUCUUCCUCGACUCUGCUGCGGCUCACGCAGCGCCUCCUGCAGGCCCGGGCGGAGCGGCAGGAGGUGGCGGAGGAGGCCGAGGAGAAGGAGAAGCGGUCCGACGAGCCUCCCAUCUCUCUGGAUCUGACGUUCCACCUGCUGCGGGAGGUUCUGGAGAUGGCCCGAGCCGAGCAGGUCGCCCAGCAGGCCGACAGCAACCGCAAGAUGAUGGACAGCUUCGGAAAAUGACGAAUCCAGACGAUUAAAACCCAAAAAAACUUUUCACAUCCUGUCGAGUGUUUUUAUCAUUAACGUGCUUCAGCUGAAUCAUCCCGUCAGUCUCAUGUUUGAUCCUCCAAACAUUCAAUUCAAUCUGAUUGAAUCUUAAAUGACGCGCAGCUACAGAGGAAGAAACACGAGUCAUUCAUCAAUCAAUCAAUUAAAAAUAUAUUAGUAAUUAGAGACAAAUAAUGUAAUAUUUUAAAUAGUAAAACUGAUGAGUAGAAGUUGUAAUCAAUACAUAAAUAGAUAAUCAUGUGAAUAAUUAAAUGAAUGAAAGUUGGUAAAUAUAUAAAUAUGCCUUUAAUUUAUUUCUACUUUAUUAUUCAUUCAUGUGUUUCUGUCUGUUUUAAAGAUGAAUCACCAACGUUUCUUUAUUAAUAAAAACAUUCAGACUGUGGAACAAACAAACCAACUGACAGCAGAUUUAUUUCAUUAACAUUCACACAUUUGAUGGUUUGUUUUUGUGUUUUUGUCGUCUGCAGCGUCUGAAGACUGAAACAUCAAAUAAGAAGCGAUGAGUCGGACUGACGGACAGUUUGAUGGAUCUGUCUAAUAUCUGAACUCUGUGUUGGUAAUAAAACCAUCUGAGCAUGUGCAGAACCGCCUGAACAUUUUAUACUUCCAAUAAAACUAUUUAAAGCUGCUGUUGACACAAAUUAUUGAUCAGCUGCAGAGUGAAUGCAGUUGAUUUAGACUCACUGGUGAAACACUUGUUGUGAAGUAGAGACGAAAUAUGAAAAACG